AUGGCACGAGCAGCCGUCCUCCCUCCCUCCCCUGCUAAGCGGGGGACGCGCACGGCACCUCGUUCAACCCUGACUAAAACCACUGCCAGCUCCCAAGCCAAAGUCGUGGCCGAACCGAAGAGAAGAGGUGUGACCAAGACGACGACGGCUAGGAAAAACACGAUGGCGAAUGUCGACGUUGAUUCAGAUGAUACCGAGGAUGAGCUUGGCAUGAUGAUGAAAGGCAAUGAAGAGAGGCCUGUACGGCCUCGUGGGCGACCCACAGCUCGCUCUGCAACACUGGCCUCAACGGCAUCAUCAAGAACAAAGACGACGACCACUACCCGUCCCAAGAAAACGACCCCGGCGCCAGCUCGGCCCGAAACCCCUGUCGACAAUGAUGGAGGUGACGACGAGGCCUCGAAGGCAGAACCAGCAAAGAAACGGGUGGGUAGACCGAGGAAGAACACAGUACCAGAGACGUCCACCGCCGCCAAAACAGAGACAGCACCCAAGGCUCGGGGCCGACCAAAGGGAUCAACAACGUCAAAGACCACUACCACUACUCGGAAGAAUACUCGGGCAAUGCCAGAACCCCAGGCAAGCAGUGAAAAUGCUCUCACUAGGCAUAUCCGCAUUGCUACGACCAUGCGUUCGAACCUCCUACGCGGGCCCGCCAAGAAGAAAACAGUGACCUUCCAAGAGCCAUCCGACUCAGAAUCCGAUGAAUUGGAAGGACUUACUGCUCCUGCUACUGGACAGAAGAAGGCCCCCGCAAAGGCCUCUGGCAAAGCUGGUCUAGGCGCGACACCGAUGCGCAAGGCUACUGGAACAACUACGCGUGGACGAAAGCCCGCUGUAGCCAAAACGAGCGUAGCCAAACCUCUGUCUCCUAAGAAGGACAAGCAGGUCGCCAAGUCGCUUUCCGCUUACGCUAGCUCGGACGGUGAAGAGGACGAAUUGAUUUCAGCCAAGUACGAUGUGAAGAGUCCUGUGAAAUUGGUCAUUCACUCGCCAGUCAAGGCUGGCACCGAAGUCACAGGAUUGAGCUCGCCUGUGCGCAGGAUUAAUUUCACUCCCAAGAAAGCGUCUAACCUGAUCGAUGAGAACGGUGAACCUAAACCCGCUACACCCAAGAAUGGGUCAUCUGCCACCGGGUUGAGCUCCCCUGUUAGGAAAAUCAACUUUACACCCAGCCGCAGCUACAACGCUGCGCCCGAUAGUGGCCAUCUGGCCUUGCCUCCUGGCAAGUCAGUUGACUUCAGCGAAUCGACUUUCAUGUCAAGUCCUGCCAGACGACCGGAAGCUUCUCCAUUCCAGUUCUCCCUUCGGGAUACACCGAAUCGUGGUCUGCUUUUCCGAGAAGACGCCAACGCUGCCGCCGAGUCGAACCUUGGCCAAGGCCCGCCAUCCCCGCUGAAGAUGUCGCCAAAGAAAGCUAAUUUAGGUGCUUCUUUCUCUCAGUCGCCGGACAAGGCCUCGCUUCCGUUCUCGGCCAAGACAUCACUUAUCCAAAGCCCACCAAAGAGGAUCCCAUCUCCGUUCAAGAGCUCACUCUUCUCCUCUAAGAGUACAUCCACUGUUGUUUCAGCUCUCGACGGCGAAGACACUGCAAUUGUGCUUCCAAUCCCUGAAACACAGCAGCAAAGCUCCCUCGUUUCAAGAUCGGGCCAUCACGAUCUAGCCGUGGAUGAAGACAUCCAAAUGGUCGAGGAAGUAGCUCGUGAUAUUUUCGGUAUCGAAUUGGAAUGCCACGGUAGAAGCUCGUCUAUUUCGCCCUCGCCACAGGAGCCCUCUGUGGUCGAAGAACCCUUGGAGCUUGAACCAGCGGAGGAUGCCUUUGAUGGGCCUGAAGCCGUUGAUAGUUGUGCCGAAAAUAUCGAUAUUGACGAGAAACUUCAAGAGUUACAAGAGGAGAUCCGCCGCGAACCCGAGGACUUUGGGACCAUUUGCUUCAACACCAUGGAAGAGCUCCAGAAACCGUUCCAAAAUCUGCCGCAGGUCCAAAAUCUGCCUGAGGAGAAGAUUGUGGACCAGAAUCUCAUCUUGGAUGAUAUUGAUGACACGAUGGAGACGGAUAUGGAGGAAGAUAUGGAGGAGGAAGGGGAAGAGGCCGAGGAAGCAGCUGCCGCCCCAAAAGUUCCCUUUGAGGAGGUGGAACAAAUGGUCACACCGGAAGAGGAACCGGAGCAGCAAUCUCCUUCGCAUUCGGAACAAACUCUUGGACUGGAUGCUCUCGAAGAGGCACAAUCCCCAACUCCCACACCGCAAAUCCUCGAAGAGUACCUUGAUCUUGCUAGCCACGCACAUGAAGACACAGAUGAAACCGGAGCCGAAGAGGCUGAGAGCGAACAUGGUCACCCGCAAAAUGACGAAUUUGAUCUCGCACAAGAUGAAGCCGCCGUCAAUGUCUCAUCUACACCGGAAACCCCCCGCAGCGUCCGCUAUGCUGAAGCAGUCGAAAGCUUGCAGCGGUCUGCACAAUCGACUACCUCUCUGGCUCAUACUCCUCUUGCCCGUGAAAUGAGUAUUGAGUCUCCUUACGAGCAAGAUAGCGCCAAGUCAAAGGACUGGCUGUUCGACAUCAAUGCUGACCCGCGCAUCCCGGCCGAGGAUAGCUUUUUGGAUACAACACUGUCCGAGAUUCCUUCCCCGACUGGUCAUGCCAUCUGCGAUACGCCAAACUUUGCUGGGAAGCGAAAGUCGAUUGCCAAUUUCGACAUCGGGUUUACACCUCUGGCAAGUAAAUUUGACAGCUGGGAAACCAAUACUCCCUCUCAAGCCAAGCCGGCCCGACCUCGUCGACGUGGCGUUUUCUCUCUUGUUGGACCUCUGGAGAAGCUCGCAGAACAUGCUACACCGGCACAGGAUGAUGUGUCUUAUCCCGAUCUUUCACGCACUCCACUUGCAGACACGCCAGCCCUAUUUGCAGAACUGCCCCUUCAGGCCAAGAGCGACGAUGCUUGUACUCCCCCUCAAUCCCCUCACACCCCCGAGUCUGCUGUGCCACAGCAGGCGCAUUCUAUGAUCUACUCGCCAAUCCGAUUGGACAUCUUUGAAGACCCCGAGCUUUCAGACUCCGAGGAGAUGGUGCCGGAGUCAAAGCAGCCUAGUCCGGAUAUGGAGGCCCCUGAAUCGACUGAAGCUCACGAUGAGGGUUCACUAUCCGAUGACGAUGACAAAGAGAAUUGCGACUCUCCUGUUAUUUUACCAGCCACUCCAAUUAGGAGAGGAAUCGACCACCUUCGAACAGUACACACUGUGUCAAAGGUGCCUUUGAAGGGUGAAGGCGAGGUCUCUCCUCUGAAGCUGCCCCGCAAGCGUGGCCAUUCCCUUGAAAGCAGGUCCCCCACUCGCGCAUCACCUCGCAUGCGCAAGCCCGUCAUCUUCCUUGGCAGUGAGACCGUACCAACAUUUUCUCCGCACAAGGCCCCGCGAGCUUCAAGAAGCCCGAGCCCGAAGCGUCGCUGCAGCACUCCCCGGCGGUCUUUAGGAACACAGCCCGACAUUCAAGUACCUCAGUCUCCAUCUGUGGUUUCCAGCGCUGGCAAGACUCCUCGCAGGAAGAGCAUUGUCAGCCAGCAGGCACUCCAGGGUGCCGUCGUCUAUGUGGAUGUUCAUACGACCGAAGGUGAAGAUGCAUCUGGCAUCUUUGUUGAGCUUUUGCAGCAAAUGGGUGCUCGUUGUUUCAGGUCGUGGUCAUGGAACCCUCGAUCCAGCAUGUCUCCUGUUGAUGGUGUUGAUCCCAAGGAAUCCAAAGUUGGAAUCACCCACGUCGUGUACAAGGACGGCGGCCUCCGUACCCUGGAAAAGGUCAAGCAUGCUGGUGGUUUGGUGAAAUGUGUCGGAGUUGGUUGGGUUCUUGACUGCGAGAGAGAAAACAAGUGGCUCGACGAGACGCCAUAUAUGGUCGACAGCUCUAUCAUUCCCCGCGGCGGCGCUAAACGACGCAAGAGCAUGGAGCCUCGCGCUUUGAGCAAUGUCAAUGGCACCCUAGUGCGCGUUCCUGAGCCGUCCACUCCCUCUGCCAGCGGACGCCGUUGCGGCGCUGACCGUGGCGCGGUGGAGGGAUUCCGGAAAAUCACACCCCCGACUCCCCUGGCCGGCAUUCCAUCCACUCCUGUUCUGCAAUCCGAUCGUUAUCACGUUCCUGCCACUCCGGGAUACAACUUUGACAACCUCGACGCUAUUGGCAUGUCUCCCGCUACCCCCUACUUCCUUUCCAAUCGUGCCAAGCUGGUUCAGCAGUCUUGCCCACCUAAGCAGAGCAAUCGUGGUCUGUUCGGAGGAGCAGAAAAACCUAUCUUCAGUCUUGAACAAGACGAUGAAGCAGAGACCAGGCGUCAACAGCGCGCUCGUAUGGAAGCUGCACGACGCAAGAGUCACUUUUACAAACCUUCAGUUGAAAGUCCACUUGCAAAGUGA